UUGUUAAUAAUUAUGAGUUGCAUUACACAUGCUCGUUACAAAUUACGAGUUCAAGAGGGACCAAAUUUACAAAAAACUGCAGCAAGAAUGUCAAAAAUAACAAUUUCAACUCAUAUCUUAGAUACCUCAAGGGGUUUAGCUGCUGAUAAUGUUCCUGUUACACUCUAUAAAUUACAAGAGACAACAAAUGAAUGGAGAAAAAUAAGUCAAUCUGCAACAAAUGAUGAUGGAAGAUGUCCAGAAUUAAUAAUUGCCGAAGAAUUUGAACCUGGUUAUUAUAAAUUAAAUUUUGACACAAGUGAUUAUUUUAAACGUUAUCAUACAAGAUAUUUAUAUCCAUUUGUUGAAAUAGUUUUUGAAUGUGGAUCAAAACAACAUUAUCAUAUUCCAUUAUUACUUAAUCCAUUUGGUUAUUCCACAUAUCGUGGAACAUAAUUAUUAUACUUUACAAUCUCAAAUUCUCAAUAUACUUAUAUGUAUGUAUGCAUAUAUGUGUGUGUAAAAAAUAUUAAAUAUAAAAUAAAAUUAAACAUUUUUGUUGCUAUUUUCUAA